AUGUCCGCCAUGGCCCGAGGGUCGCGCGAUAUGGGUAAUCAUCUUGCGGCGCAGCGCAUGCCGCGCAGGAAGUGGGAUAUGGGCGCAGCGGUCAGUAACAUUGUCGGUGUAGGCUUUGCUCUCGUCCUGGCGAGUUCGGCCAUCGCCGCCGACCUGCAGGCCCCCAUCCCCGGCAUCGCGGCGGCGACCAACUCGGAUGGCGCGCUAGGGCAGGGUGAGAUCGCAGCCGCAGACGCAGCGCCGGAGGGCGUUGCGCCGCCGUCAGCGGGCAGGGUGCAGUCUCUCAGCGCCGACAAGUUGUUCGCGGGACCCGGCUCCGCUCCACAGCCCGGCGCAGUGCCAGCGCCAGCGCACGGCCGGGUACCCACGGUGCGCUUUCGCUCUGAGCGUGACGCCUUCCGCAUCGGUAUCCGCGAAUAUAACUCCGGCUCCAUGACCAGCGCUGUUCAGGCGCUCGAAUAUGCUGCGACGCGUGGCCAUUCGCCGGCGCAGUGGAAGUUGGGCCGCAUGUAUGCGGAGGGCGACGGCGUCCCGCAUGAUGAUCUGAAGGCCUUCGAAUAUUUCUCGCGGGUCAUCGACAACGCUGACGACAGCAGCAGCCGCGCGGCGCGGUUCAUUUCGAAUGCCUAUGUGGCGCUUGGCGGUUACUACCUGGAUGGCAUCCCCGGCAGCUAUGUGGUCAAGGACCAGCAGCGUGCUCGCGCCAUGUUCCACCAUGCGGCGAGCUUCUACGGCGAUCCGGACGCCCAGUACAAUCUUGCGCGCCUGUGCCUGUCCGGCGACGGCGGCGCCAAGGAUGCCCGUCUCGCGGCGCGCUGGCUGCAUCUCGCCGCUGAGAAAAACCACAUCCCCUCCCAGGCGUUGCUGGGGCAUCUGCUGCUGACGGGGCAGGGCAACAUCACCAGGCACCCGUCGCGCGGUUUCAUGUGGCUCACCAUGGCGCGGAAUGCGGCUGAUCCCCAGAAGGACGCCUGGAUUUUCGAGUUGUACGAGCAGGCCAACGCGCUGCUGUCCGAGGCUGAUCGCGCCAACGCCCAGGCAUUUCUCGCCAAUCGCGCCCCUAACUGA